AUGAGGUUCCUGAACAGGGGGGAUGCUCGGGUUCUAGAUAGGAUGGCGGCGGAGAGUGAGGUGGCGUGGGAUUGGGCGGCGGCGGCGGCGGAGGCCGAUGCGGAGGUGGAGGCGGAGGCCAACUCCUCGGCCUCUGCCGGGAGCGGAUACCUUCAGAAGUUUGCACUUUACAAGACUGCACUGAAAUUUUAUAUGGUUGGAAGAGACAAGAGUAGAAGGCUAUGGAGAGUGCUAACAAUUGAUCGAUCAGAGCCUUGUGAAUUGAACAUCACUGAAGACCCCACCACAUACUCGGAAAUUGAAUGCUAUGACUCAUUGAAACGAAUACAUGAUGAGAACAGGUCGUCUGGGGGACUAAACUUUGUUACCAAAUGCUAUGGAAUUGUUGGGUUUUUCAAGUUUCUAGGGCCUUACUACAUGUUGCUCAUUACAAGAAGAAGAAAAAUUGGCACCAUAUGUGGCCAUGCGGUGUAUGCUAUCUUGAAGAGCGAAACAAUUGCAUUCCCACAUUCUACCGUGGGGUCCAAUAUGGCUAAUUCUAAGGAUGAGAACAGAUACAUGAGGCUCCUAUGCAUGGUAGAUCUCACGAAGGACUUCUUCUUCAGCUACUCAUACAAUGUAAUGCGUAGUCUUCAGAAGAAUGCAUGCGAUGGGGAGACAGGACAGGCUCUUUAUGAAACAAUGUUUGUCUGGAACGAGUUCUUGACGCGUGGGAUUCGGAAUCAUCUCAAGAACACUAUAUGGACGGUUGCAUUGGUAUAUGGAUUUUUUGUUCAGGAAAAACUCUCGAUCUCUGAGAAGGAUUUCAUAUUGACACUCAUUGCCAGACGCUCACGCCAUUUUGCUGGAACCAGGUACCUGAAGCGUGGUGUUGAUGAAAAGGGCAGGGUUGCCAAUGAUGUGGAGACAGAGCAGAUUGUGUUUGAAGAUGUCUCGGGAGAAGUUCCCACACAAGUAACUUCUGUUGUACAAAACAGAGGUUCAAUACCCCUUUUUUGGUCCCAGAAAACUACAGGACUGAAUGUUAAGCCUGAUAUCAUCUUGCACAAAAAAGACCAGAACUAUGAAGCUUCGAGACUCCACUUUGACAAUCUUGUAAAGAGAUAUGGGAAUCCAAUAAUUAUUUUGAACUUGAUUAAGACAUGUGAGAAGAAGCCUCGAGAAUCCUUGCUCCGUGCAGAAUUUGUGCAUGUGAUUGAUUAUAUAAAUAAAGAUUUAUCAGAAGAAAGCCGCUUGAGAUUCUUACAUUGGGAUCUUCACAAGCAUUCCCGAAGAAAAGAUAUAAAUGUGCUGGCGUUAUUGGGCAAAGCAGCAGCUUGUGCAUUGGAUCUAACUGGCAUCUUUUAUUGUCGAGUGAUACCUGUUUUACCAAUUCAGGUUGCUCCAAAGUGGCCAAUCAUUGCGAAAGAUACUGCUGGUGACAGUCCAUGCAAUAUUUACGACAGCAGAGCCGGUGUUGUUAAAUCUGGAAAUGGAUCAUCAGAAGAUAAGGGGAACUCUAAUAUCUCCGGAAGUGAAUCUCCUGCGGAUAACUCUGAAACGGAUGGAAGCUCUUUGAGCAAACAACCUACUUUUCAAAAAGGUGUCCUCAGGACAAAUUGUAUAGACUGCUUGGAUCGCACAAAUAUUGCCCAAUAUGCCUAUGGUUUAGCUGCUCUUGGGCACCAGCUUCAUGCCCUGGGCUUUAUAGAUGUCCCUGGAAUUGAUCAAGAUGCCCCUUUGGCUGGGGAUCUAAUGGGUUUCUAUGAGAGGAUGGGUGAUGCUCUUGCUCUACAAUAUGGCGGAUCUGGUGCCCACAACAAGAUAUUCUGUGAGAGGAGAGGACAAUGGAAAGCAACAACACAGUCUCAGGAGUUAUUCAAGACUCUUCACCGAUACUACAGCAACAUGUACACGGAUGCUAAAAAACAGGAUGCUAUAAAUGUGUUCCUGGGGCACUUCCAACCCCAACAAGGUAAACCAGCACUUUGGGAACUGCUGCAUUCAAAUCAGCAUUCCAAUAUUGGUAGGCAUGGUGAUGAAACUGCUAGAUCAGUUAUUAAAAAAUCCCUAUCAGAAUUGCCUCAAAGAAUGCACCUGCAGGGAGACGACAAAGGUCUUUGUGAAAGCGACAUGUCAUAUUCUAGAUGCACAUCAGCAAUGCAACUUCUUGCAGACGGUGAACAUGGAUAUUCUACUGAACAUAGAGUUAAUGAAUCAAACUGUUCAAAUUUUCUGGACCUUGAUUGGGAGGAAGAAGCUUCUGAAAGGUCGUAUUCUAUUGAUCCUGGUCUUCUUGGCAACUUCGUGCAUGUCAAUGUUCUCAUUCUGGACAAGUAUGCGUCGAUGAAAAGUGUAAGGUCCUCGCUUAUCAACUCACCUUUUGAGAAUCUAUCCACUGAAAAUGUCAUGAAUGGUGUGAAUACUGAAACAACAAGUGAGGAAGGGUCUUGUAGUAAGUUGGAACAACACAAAUGGUUCUUCUGCGCAAUAUUUUAUAUUUUCAGCUACGUCGUGUGCUCUUAUCCAUUUCCUGGGAACUCUUUAUUUAUUGGCAACAGGGAACAGAAGAAACCAAUAGAUCACUGCCCGGUGAUGCCACUGAAAGUUCCAGCAUUCCUAAUGAAUUUUCCGAAAGCUUCGCACAAUGGGUUGCCCAUGGGGGUACUUUUCGUAAAUAACGAGAAGACGUGCUCCUAA